AUGAAAGAGCUAGUACUGUCUUUGUUUAUUUUCAUUUUAGCCAAACAUGUCAAUUCUUGUUAUUCUAUUCCGACAAAGGAACAGUUUCAAAGUUGCUUGUCAAAGAAUCAUUCCAUCUUCAAAAACCCUAUAAAUCUCACUAACCACACCUCAGAUUCCAAAGUCUUCACCGACUUUUCCGAAUCUUCAUCCCCAAAUUCAAGUUUCCUAAACUUGAAUUUCACAAGCCUGAAGCCUAUUCUGAUCCUCAAACCGAAAUCAGAAUCCGAAAUCAAAAGAUCAAUUCUAUGCAGCAGGAAACUUGGUGUGCAAGUAAGAACUCUCAGUGGUGGUCACGACUACGAAGGCCUCUCUUACCUCUCACAAUCACCGUUCAUAAUCAUCGACCUCGUUAACCUCAGAUCAAUCAACAUAAACCUCACAGAAGAAACCGCAUGGAUCCAAUCCGGCGCAACACUCGGCGAACUCUACUACAAAAUAGCCAAAACCAGCAAGAUCCAUGCAUUCUCUGCAGGGAUAUGUCCAAGUGUCGGAGUUGGUGGACACAUUAGCGGCGGUGGAUUCGGUACGAUAAUGAGAAAACACGGUUUAGCGUCUGAUAACGUUGUGGACGCGCGUUUGAUGGACGUAAACGGGAAAAUUCGCGACCGGAGAACGAUGGGAGAGGAGUUGUUUUGGGCUCUUAGAGGAGGUGGAGCAGCGAGUUUUGGCGUUGUAUUGUCGUGGAAGGUUAAGCUCGUUAGGGUUCCUGAAAAGGUAACUUGUUUCAUAAGUCAGCAUACGAUGGGACCAAGCAUGAACAAGCUUGUUCAUCGAUGGCAAUACUUAGGAGCAGAGCUAGACGAGGAUCUAUUCAUCAGAGUCAUUAUUGACAAUACUCAAGAUGGGAAUCAAAGAAGAGUGAAAACUACGUUUCAAGCUCUGUUUCUUGGAGGAAUCGAUAGAUUGAUUCCUCUGAUGAACCAGAAGUUUCCAGAACUCGGAUUACGAUCUCAAGACUGCUCGGAAAUGAGCUGGAUCGAAUCUAUAAUGUUCUUUAACUGGAAAUCAGGACAGCCGUUAGAGAUCAUGCUCGACAGAGACCAAAGAUACGAGGAUCUUUACUUCAAAGCAAAAUCAGAUUUUGUUCAAAAACCAGUUCCUGAAAACGUAUUUGAAGAAGUCACCAAAAGGUUUCUGGAGAAAGAAACUCCCUUUAUGAUCCUAGAGCCAUUUGGUGGGAGAAUAAGCGAGAUUUCAGAAACCGAGUCUCCAUAUCCACACAGGAGAGGAAAUCUGUAUAACAUCCAAUAUAUGGUGAAAUGGAAAGUGAAUGAAGUCGAGGAGAUGAACAAGCAUGUGAGGUGGAUGAGAUUGCUUUACGAUUACAUGACUCCUUACGUUUCUACAUCGCCGAGAGGAGCUUAUUUAAAUUACAGAGAUCUUGAUUUGGGCACGACCAGAGGAAUCAACACGAGUUUUGAAGAUGCGAGGAAAUGGGGAGAGAGGUAUUUCAGAGGUAAUUUCAAGAGAUUGAGUUUGGUUAAAGGAAAGAUUGAUCCGACGAAUUUCUUCAGAAACGAACAGAGCAUUCCUCCUCUGUUUUGAUCUGAUUUUCUUGGACAAAACCAGAUUUAUUGUUGUUUAUGAAUUCAUUUAUAGAUAGUGUAACUUUGUUUAUAAACUUUUAAUAAGUGUGAAA